AUGACCCAACGAGAAUACGCCGAAGACACAGCCUUCUGGUCCCUCAAAUCAGCAACGCAAUUCUCCGCUCGCCGCCGCACCAUGAACCUCUUCAUCGCCAACCCCAAGCCCGGCACGCCCUCAGCAUAUUCCUGGAUCGACAACACCCCCGAAGUCUACACAUCCAUCACACACAUCCUCCGCAUGCAAAACCCCCACAGCAUCGCAAUCAACACUCACCCCACUAUCGCCUUCAGCAGCGGCUUGCAUGUCGGCGAGCUCAGCGAGCUGUAUCAGAAUCUGGAGUCAAAAUGGACUGAUCGCUUCGUGCAACGUCCGAUAGUGGCUGUGGAUUAUAUUGGGACUAUGGUUGAGGGGAGGUUGGACUGGUAUCGUAAAUUGCAGGAGACGGCUUGGGCAAUGAUUACGGAGGCGUUCAGUGAGAGGGUUAUUGAGCCGGGGGUGACGAGCACAGAGGUAUGUUUGUUCGGGUGGUUUUGUUGA